ACAGUCAAAAGCUUGAGUCGUUUACUUGUCUCCCACUUUGGCGUUUCAGUUUGACCAGGACAAAACCAUGUCUUUCACUUCUAACUCCAAAACUCUCAGCGUGUAUGGAGGAGCUGGUGGUCGGGGAACCCGAAUCUCAUCCCCCGCCGGGUUUCUUAAUUCUUCUCCAAGAGGCUUUAAUCUGGUUGAUGGCUUAGACUUAUCUGCUGAUAAAAAGGCCACCAUGCAGAAUCUGAAUACUCGUCUGGCCUCCUACUUGGAGAAGGUACGCUCACUGGAGAAAGCCAAUACUGAGCUAGAGCAGAAGAUCAGUGACUGGUAUGAUAGUCACGAUGACGUCACAUUCGACCACACAAACUUCCAGGACACCAUCCAGGAUCUGAGGAAUGAGUUUAACACACGUUCCCAAGACAAUGCCAAACUCAUCCUGGAAGUGGAUAAUGCCAAACUGGCUGCUGAUGACUUCAAACGAAAAUAUGAAAAUGAACUGGCCAUGCGUCGGGAAAUUGAAGCUGAUACUGGAAAUCUGAGGAAAAUCCUGGAUGAGUUUAGUUUGAGUCGUUCGGAUCUGGAGUUGCAGAUUGAGGCUCUGAAAGAGGAAUUCAUCGUACUGAAGAAAAACCACAAGGAGAAUAUCACCUUGACUAUUGAGACUGGCGGUCAGGUGAAUGUCUCUGUGGACGCAGCGCCCUCUAUGGAUCUGAAUCAGGCCAUUGAUGAGAUCCGACAACACUAUGAGACUGUGACACAGAAAAACCGUGAAGAGCUGGAGUCCUGGUAUGAAAGCAAGAUGGCACCAAUGCAACAGGAGGUGAGCAAUCAUAAUGAAGAGCUUCAGGACAGCAGAACUGAGCUAAAGGACUUAACAAGCACCUUACAAAGACUGCAGAUUGAGCUGCAAACCCAUCAGAGCAUGAAGUCAAACCUUGAUGGGCAACUAGAGGACACAGAGGCCCGCUAUGGGAACCAGUUGGCUGGGCUUCAGACCACUGUUUCCAAUCUGGAGGACCAGCUUAGCCAAUUUCACGCUAACAUUGCUAACAACAAAGAAGAGUACGAAACCCUGCUGGACGUAAAGACCAGACUGGAACGUGAGAUUGCAGAAUACAGGAGACUGCUGGAUGGAGAAAAGAGUGAGAACCACAGUAAGUGAAUAUCUAUAAACUUCUCACCAAAACCAUCACAGUGAUGGAAACCAUUGUGGAUGGGAGGAUUGUGGAGAGCAGCGAGACUGUGGAUGUUCUUGAACUUGAUGACUAAUCUAGACUAAUCUUUUCAAAAAAGCAGUUCAAAUGAGGACAUCAUUUGUAUUACUAAUCCUUUCUGUUCAAACCCAGGGUGCUUCAGCUGUUUCAGAAGACAUACCCUUCACUGACACUGAACUGACACUGUCUUAAUUCACUAUAAUCUUCUAUGUGAAGUUGCUUUGACACAACUACAUUGUAAAACUGCUAUAGAAAUAAAGAUUAAUUCAAUUGAAUUGAA